CAAAAGAAGAAAAAUCCCUAAUCUUUUAAUUCUCUAGUCUCUACCAGUUGGCUUCUCUAGAUCUCACUCAAACUCAGCCUCUCAAUCGUUUUUCUCUCACGCUCACCCGCUCGAUCUAUUCUCUCUCACACUCAGCCCCCUCGAUCCGUUCUCUCACUCAGCCUCUGCAAGAACUCAGCCUCUACAAAAACUCAGCUCUCAUCUUUCUCUCCAUAACGUCGAGCUGCUCUCCUUCCCACCCAGCCUCGGCUCGAACUAGGCAACCCCGCCGAUGCAAGAAUAAGGCCACCAUGGGGUAAACUAGGUAUACCUCCAAUUGUUUAUGAGAUUCUUCUACCACAAUGCUUAUAGAUGGUUUCCUGCAUAUGGGUUAGUUAAUAUCUUGUUCUGAAGGAGCAAAAAGCCAUAUACUAAAAUACUACUAAAUCACAAGACUGCAUCCUAUCGACAUGCUUACAGAAGUGGACGUCCGAAGGUUAUGCUAGUACUAUGAGAAGAGGAGAGCUGAAUGAUGGACAGGAUCAGAUUAGAUUUAAGAUUUCAUCCUUCUGGAUUAACUCAUUCAGAGGAAUCUGCUCUGGAUUUGGAUCGCAAUUACAGUGGUCAUCCUAAUUUGCCCUCAUCCAGUCCUUCUCCUCUCCAGCCUUUUGCUUCAGCUGGUCAGCACUCUGAGAGUAAUGCCGCCUACUUCUCAUGGCCAACUUCAAGUCGAUUAAUUGAUGCAGCGGAAGAUAGGGCCAAUUAUUUUGGAAACUUGCAGAAAGGUGUUCUGCCUGAGACUUUUGGUUUGCCAAAAGGGCAGCAAGCUACAACCUUGCUAGAGUUGAUGACUAUUAGAGCAUUCCAUAGCAAGAUUUUGCGUCGGUUUAGUCUUGGUACAACAAUUGGGUUUCGAAUCCGAAGGGGUGUGCUAACCGAUAUUCCUGCUAUUCUUGUCUUUGUUGCUCGUAAAGUUCACAGGCAAUGGCUCAACCAUUUACACUGCCUGCCUGCUGCUCUUGAGGGGCCAGGAGGUGUAUGGUGUGAUGUUGAUGUUGUGGAGUUUUCCUAUUAUGGUGCACCUGCUGCCACUCCCAAGGAACAACUAUAUACAGAGCUUGUAGAUGGAUUGAGGGGAAGUGAUCCAUGCAUUGGUUCUGGUUCCCAGGUUGCCAGCCAAGAGACUUAUGGAACCUUGGGUGCUAUUGUUAGAAGCCGAACUGGAAAUCGACAGGUUGGUUUCCUCACUAAUCGACAUGUGGCUGUUGAUUUAGAUUAUCCAAACCAGAAAAUUUUUCAUCCUUUACCACCAAGCCUUGGACCUGGAGUAUAUUUGGGAGCUGUGGAGAGGGCAACAUCUUUUAUCACAGAUGAUCUUUGGUAUGGAAUCUUUGCUGGAACAAACGCAGAAGACAUAACGAGGAAAAUCAGAGGAAACAGAAACACAGAAAAAUAGCAAAAAGUAUAAGUGAUCUCUAAAUUAGAGGAACAACCUCAUCAAAUUUUGUUCAUCGAAGAAGGUGUAGAGGAGAGUAAUACUGAUACUGGUGAAGGAACUGGUGAUGAUGAAUGCAUCUCUAUUAUUAAUGAACGAAACAUAGAAAAUGAUGAGUGGACAUUAGAUUGUGCUGAGGCAGGGGAGCUAGAGGACAGAGCACAUUAUCACCAGGCCGGUGAAAGCAGUGUACCUGAAACUUAAGAUACAAAUGACGAGUGUCUCUUCACACAUUAAGCGAAAGACCGAAAGGAAUGAAAAAUUUUCAAGUGGAAAAUAGUUAAUUGCCCUCGUCAAACAUUGUCAGUAGAGUGCGACUUUUAUAUCAUAAGGAUGAUGAAAGACUAUUGCUUGAAUGAGAUACACAUGCGAUGGUUAACUAGUAAUUGUGGUGGGAAUAAUACAUAUACACUACGCGAAAUUAAUGAAACUCGAAAUAAAUGGGCAGCCAAGCUUCUUGAGCGGAUGAGUCAUAGCUAGAGUAAUUUUUUAAAUCUGAAUUAAAAAAUAUUCUAAUUGCAGUAUUUAGUUAGCACUUACAUAGUUAUUCUAAGUGUAUAUUUUGAUUUUGUAAUUUUUAAAUUUGGAACAUACCGUGUUCUAUUGAUUUAAUAUGCCUAUUGAUUUUGUCUGAA